AUCUGGCCUCGACCACUGCAGAGCUCUUAGCUAUGUGCUGAGUUGUUACGCGCGUAUCCAGGUGGCAGCCCUAUCUCGCUGCAGGCUAUACUUGCCCUGAUCUACACCUGUCAUCCGACUCGUUGUAUUUGUACCUACCAUACCCACUCGUUGGCAUAUCGAGAAUCUCGUUUUUCGUGCUGAUACAUUAACGGCACCGACCAUGGCUGCCACUGUGGAGGAAAUUAGCGUCAACCGACAAUUUGGGGGCUACAACCGUCGCUACAAGCACAGGAGCACUGUGCUUGGAUGCGACAUGACCUUUACUGUUUACUUUCCUCCCGUUGCGGAAAACGGCAAGGUGCCGGUGCUGUACUACCUCUCGGGCCUGACUUGCACCGAUGAGAACUUCAUCCAAAAGGCCGGUGCACAGCGUCAGGCCGCGGCCCGGGGCAUUGCGUUGGUCGCUCCUGACACCUCCCCUCGGGGUCUGGGAGUAGAAGGCGAGGCAGAGAGUUGGGACUUUGGCGUUGGUGCGGGCUUCUACCUGAACGCCACGCAGGAGAAGUGGCGAGCAUGGCGCAUGUACGACUACAUUGUCGAGGAGCUCCCCGCGCUGCUCCGCUCCGCCCCCGUGUUCGCCUCCCUGGACCCCUCGCGCGCCUCCCUCUGCGGCCACUCCAUGGGAGGACAUGGCGCGCUGGUGAUCGGGCUCCGGAACCCGCAGUCGUACCGCUCGCUGAGCGCCUUCGCGCCCAUCUGUAACCCCUGCAACGCGCCCUGGGGCGUCAAGGCAUUCACCGGCUACCUGGGAGAGGACCGGGACACCUGGCGCCAGUAUGAUGCCUGCGAGCUGCUGCGCGACCGCUCGGCUUCCUCCUCCUCCGCCUCGCUACCCCCGCUGCUGGUGGAUAGCGGCAGUGCGGACAAGUUCCUGGAGACCCAGCUGCAGCCGGGGGCGCUGCGGGCGGCGGCGGAGGCGGCGGGCUGGAGCGGCGCGACGCUGCGCAUGCAGGAUGGCUACGACCACUCCUACUUCUUCAUCUCCACCUUCAUCGAUGACCACAUCAAUUUCCACGCGGACAGGCUGCUGGCACAGUGAGGCGGACAGUGCAUGCUGCCAGCCGGCCACUGUGGCCGAACCACGAGGGCGCAAACGAGGGCGCAGGCUGCAGCUGCAGGUGCGAUGAGAAAGAAAGCUGGCCGUGAGUAGGAAUGCACUGUGAGUGAAUGUGCUGGUGUGAAGAUGGGUGUGAAGAUGGAUGGCAGGCUGCUCUAGGGGCCGGCAGCGGCUCAAGACGCCUCCAGACGCAGCAGGGAUUGUGUGGAAGGGGUAGGUGAGAUCGUGUGGGUCACAGGGUAACCAAACGGAAUAGAAUAACGGCGUAGGGCAAGGCAAUGUGGAUAGAAGGCAAACAAUGUGUGAG